UUAUAGACAAUCGGAUCCAGCUACGGACAUUCAAUAUAAGUUUAAAAGUCUAGAAACUAUUAAACGUAUUCAAUAAUAAAAAACAUUCAAAAAUGAUGGAAAAAAAAGAACUAUUAAUCUCUCUUGGAUUAAUUCUGAUGACAAUUUUAACAGGAGUGAAGAGUGAUAAACUUGUGGUUGAUACGGAUGCUGGUGCUGAUGAUGCGAUGGCCCUUUUGCUUUUACUAUCAGUGUGUGCUAACAACAACACACAUUUCGAUAUUGUGGCAAUAACUUGCACUUAUGGUAACUCCGAUUUGAGCAACGUCGAAAAUAAUGUGCUUAAGACAUUGGCAAUCGCAAAUGAAAUAAAAAUACCAGUUUAUGCUGGUGCUUGCAAACCAUUGAUCCAGAAUCAUACAUCUGAUAAUUACUUUGGCAAUGACGGAUUUGGCGAUUUCAAAUUUAAUCAAGAUAUUACUAGUUAUAUUGAUAGAUCAAAGCACGCAGCAGUUGCAUUAGUUGAUUUAGCUAAUAAAUAUCCUGGUGAAUUGAGUAUACUUGUACUUGGACCUACAACAAAUAUUGCACUUGCAAUAUCGUUGGAUCCAAAUUUUGUUCAUAAAGUCAAACAUUUUUAUGUCAUGGGUGGAAGUGUUAAUGGCUAUGGGAAUAUAAAUCCAGGUGUUGAAUUUAAUUUUGGCUCGGAUCCAGAGAGUAAUUUUAUAUUUUUUAACUCAACUCAAGGAGAAAUUAGUUUAUUACCUUGGGAGACUAAUUUAUCAAUUAACAUAUCAUCGUCAUGGAGAAUAAAUAUACUUGGUGGUAUUGAUUCAGAAUUCAUGAAAUUUUUAAAUCAAGCAGAAUCAAAAGUUAAGAAAUCACCAACUUGGCAACCUUGUGAUUCAUUAACUGUAGCUGCAAUGUUGUGGCCAAAAUUGAUUACAAAAUCUUUUGUUACAAAUUUAACACCAAUUAUGUCAGGUGAAGCUCGUGGUGGAUUACUUGUUGAUUAUUCAGGAAUAACUCAUAAGCCAAAAAAUGUAGAAAUUAUUCAAGAUGUCGAUGUUGUAGAAUUCCAAAAACUUCUUAUGUUAUAUUUGUCAUACAUUCAAAAUUAA